AUGAUAACAUGGGGUGAUUUCUACAAAGUGAUGAGUGCAAUGGUGCCUCUAUACUUCUCCAUGUUGGUGGCUUACGCUUCGGUGAAAUGGUUCAACGUUUUUACCAGCGCCCAGUGCUCCGGCAUCAACCGCUUUGUGGCGGUGUUCGCCGUCCCUGUUCUCUCCUUCCACUUUAUUUCUCGUAACAAUCCCUACCAAAUGGACUCUCAGUUCCUAUUAGCAGACACUCUCUCCAAGCUCUCCCUUCUCUUCUCCCUCUCUCUCUGGCUCCUCUUCUUCCGCUCUGCAACCUUGGAUUGGCUCAUCACCCUCUUCUCUCUCUCCUCUUUGCCCAACACUCUUGUUAUGGGCAUUCCCUUACUCCAAGCCAUGUACGGCCAUUUCACCCAUUCCCUCAUGGUCCAACUUGUCGUGCUCCAAUCUAUCGUCUGGUACACCCUGCUGCUAUUCUUGUUCGAGUAUAGAGCUGCCACCUUUUUGAUUCGGAGCAAGUUUCCUGGACCUACAGCGGCCUCCAUCGUAAAAUUUGAGGUGGACGGCGACGUCAUCUCCCUGGACGGUCGUGACGUGCCGCUUCGAACCGAAACUGAAACUGACAGCCAUGGACGCAUCCGAGUCCGUAUCCGACGAUCCACGUCCUCUGCUCCUGACUCCACGUUAUCUUCGUCCGUUGGCCUCGCCACUCCCAGACUGUCCAACGCAGAAAUCUUCUCCGCUAAUACACCACUCCAUCUGCUUCAGUCACACCACGCCGGCGCGGCCGAAGACAUCAGAUUCGGAUACCCGACCGGGAGCCCACGGGUAAUAGAUUACGCGACGUCGUCAGAUGCCUGCUCCCUCCAGGCCACGCCACGGGCGUCUAACUUCAACGAAUAUGAAAUGACGAUGCCAAGGAGCCCACCGUUAUGGACGACAUCUCCGGCGAGCGGUGGGAGGAAUUACCAACAGUUGUCGCCGGGGAUGUGUCAGGGCGGAGACGGACCAGGAUGCCGAGAAAUCACCGUGUCAGAGAAAGAAAUUAGCUUCAGAGACAUCACCGAUAUUCCAAUGUUGGAGGAAGGAGGUGCCAAAGAUACAGUGGGAACAAACCAGAAGAUGCCACGAGCUCUGGUAAUGAUGAGACUUAUACUUAACGUUGUAGGAAGGAAACUGCUGCGGAACCCUAAUACAUAUUCUAGCGUGUUAGGCUUGGUUUGGUCUCUUAUCUCUUUCAAAUGGAAUAUAGGGAUGCCUAGCCUGGUCAAUUCAUGUGUUGAAAUAGUUUCGGACGCCGGCCUUGGAAUGGCUAUGUUCAGCUUAGGUCUAUUCAUGGCACUUCAGCCUCGGAUCAUAGCGUGUGGCGCCAAAAGAGCAGCCAUGGGAAUGGCCCUACGCUUCCUCUUGGGGCCUCUUGUCAUGGCUGCCGCCUCUGUCGCCAUUGGAUUGAGAGGACCCAAGCUACGAGCUGCCAUUGUGCAGGCUUCUCUUCCACAAGGGAUCGUGCCUUUUGUAUUUGCAAGGGAAUAUGGAGUACAUCCUGAUAUCUUGAGCACUGGGGUUAUCUUUGGCAUGUUAAUUUCUCUACCAGUGACGCUCCUAUAUUACGUAUUUCUUGGCCUUUGAAGACGACCACCAAUGAUAACAGCAGCUAGUUGUCAAUAAAUUGAUGAAAGCGCCGGAAGCAAUAUGCA